AAAAUUAUACAAUAUCGCUAUUGUUGUAACAAAAUUAGAUUCAUAGAUAGAUAUAUACGAUCACCUUGACCGUUCUGAAAGUGGCAUUAAACCGGAGGACAAAAAAAGUGAAAGUCGAUAUAGAGAUACUGAAAGCAGUCGAAUCACUAUUGAUCGGACAGAUCGCAAAACUGUGGACUGUGAACACUUGGUCUCUUAAUAUGUGAUAUUUUCCAGACGCAGAGCACAGUUGUAAAGGAUUUUUACUCGCUAAGCUUAAGUGAAUUAUUGUGUGUCGAUGAAUUCGAAGGCGAAAGUCAUGAAAUCGAGAAAGUGCGUGUAAACGAAACGGACUUCGCAUAUCAUAGUUGCAAAUUUUAGCUUGUACUUUUAAGAUAUGAUCUACUAUCGUUACUAGCACAAUGUAAUGCUGUCUGAUAUAUUACAUGGAUUAUUAUUUCAUUUAAGAGUGUUUAGAUGCACAUACCUUAGAAACAAUUAAAUCACGCAGUGCCCCUGGCUGUAUGCAACCCGAUGGACAGCGAUCAAGUCUCGAAUCGGUCGAAAGACGGCGCGCAUCGAUUCUCUGACGCGACACCGUCGACGACAACCUUAUCGCUCUGUUGGAGGAAGAACGUUUCCGCGCUUCUUUGCUUCGCUUGCGGCGCCUGCUUCAUCCUGAGUUUAAUUUGCACCUGCCUGGCUACGUUGGUCGUCCUUCUGGAUCAGGCUAUCGAAGCGACGAGUCGAUACGAUUUGAUCAAUAAUACAGCAAUGACUAGUUCCGAUGAAAGCUAUAGAUUGCCAGAAACAGUCAAGCCUAUAUUUUAUGAUCUCUUCUUGCAUCCAAAACUUGAAGAAGGCACAUUUUCUGGGAAGGUGACUAUCCUUAUUGAUGUCUUUGAAGAUAGGGAAAACAUAGCUCUUCAUCAAAAGGAUCUUACCAUUACAUCAUGGAAAUUGAGAACUUAUGGUCUAGAAGAAGACUAUGAUAUUAAAAUUUCAAUCAAUCCCCCUACAAAGUAUGAUAUUUUUGCGAUAAUAACUGAAAAUAAAACCAACUUAAAACCAGGAUUGUAUCAGUUGAGUUUAGAAUUUGAGGGAAAUCUUAGAGAAAAGAUCGCUGGAAAGGUUGAACCUAAAUUGGUUGGAUUCUACGCCAGCAAGUAUAAGUAUAUUGAAGAUAAUGAACAAACCAGAUGCAUCGCUACUACCAAGUUUGAGCCAACUUAUGCUAGACAAGCUUUUCCAUGUUUUGAUGAACCUAAUUUUAAAGCAGAAUUUUCAGUGAAGUUGGUUUGUCCUAUGGAAAAUUCGUAUCAUUCCUUAUCCAAUAUGAAUAUAAUAAAAACGGAAGAAGAUAAACCACAGGAAAAUCUAAAGACAACAACCUUUGCAAAAACUGUUCCCAUGUCGACAUAUCUAGCUUGUUUUAUUAUCAGUGAUAUGGUUAGUUCAAAAAUGAUGGCAAAAGGAUUAAAUGGCCAAGAAUUUCCAGUUAGUGUUUAUAGCACAAAACUUCAAACAAAAGAAAAGAGACAUUUUGCUUUGCAUAUUGGUGUGAAAGCUAUUGAAUAUUACAUAAACUUAUUUCAAAUAGAUUACCCAUUACCGAAACUCGAUCUGGUUGCUAUCCCCGAUUUUGUAUCUGGUGCUAUGGAAAAUUGGGGCUUAGUGACUUUUAGAGAAGCAAGACUUCUUUAUGAUGAUCGCAAUAACUCCAUUAUUGAUAAACGCGAUGUUAUUGAAGUAAUCUGUCAUGAAUUGGCUCAUAUGUGGUUUGGAAAUCUCGUUACUCUAGCCUGGUGGAAUGAUUUAUGGCUCAAUGAAGGUUUUGCUACGUUUAUGUCGUAUAAGAGUGCAAAUGAGAUUUUACCAAACCAAAAACACAUGGAGCAAUUUUCUGUUAAGGUAAUGCAUAAAGCGUUUAUGACAGAUGCAAAACUAAGCUCUCAUCCUAUAAUUCACGAUGUUCAAAAUCCAGAUCAAAUAACAUCAUUCUUUGAUGAAAUUUCUUAUAAAAAAGGAGCAUCUGUAAUUCGCAUGAUGGAGAACUUUAUUGGAUCUAAUGUUUUUUAUAAUGCUAUUGGUAUUUAUUUGAAAAAGUAUGCUUAUAUGAAUGCGAAAAGCGCGGAUCUCUUUGAUAUUCUACAAGACGCGGUCGGAAGCAAACUAAACAUAACAACUAUAAUGAAUACUUGGACGCAACAAGAAGGCUUUCCUGUUAUUAAUGUGCAAAGGUCCGAAAAUACAUAUAUAUUAACUCAAAAACGAUUUCUGCAAAAUUCUGGAACCAAAUAUGAUCCUUCAAAAUCGGCUUUUAAAUAUCGCUGGACUAUACCCAUUACUUACAUAACGAACAGAAACGAUACACCCACUCUAAUAUGGUUUGAUAAGGAUGCGACUGAAGUUGUGAUCAAUGUUGAUGAAAAUACAAGAUGGAUAAAACUUAAUGUGAAUCAAGUUGGUUAUUAUCGAGUUAAUUAUGAAAAAGAAUGGGAAACAUAUACGGAGUUACUUCGACAUCAUCCAACGAGAUUAUCGAUAGCAGAUCGAGCUAAUCUUUUGGAUGAUCUCUUUAGCUUAGCAGCAGCUGGUGAAAUAAGCUAUUUUAAAUCUCCCGUGUUAACUAUAAUUUUUUAUAUGCUUAUUCAAGAAUACCAUGCUGUUCCAUGGACAGUCGCGAGUAGGCAAAUGAGAAUUAUGUAUAAUUUGUUAAAUUCUGCCGCUGAAACUAGAAGAGAAACUAAAAAGAAACUAGGAAAGAAUCUAGAAGAGAAAGAAGAAGUGAUACUGAAUGUCGCAACUCACUUUCAGAUUUACGCAUGUAGAAUUGUAGAUAAUAUAUUCAAGGAUGUAGGUUGGACUUUCGACGAUGAUAUGGAAGAUGAUGUAUCGUUAACAGGCAUUGAUAGCACAGUGCGUGUAACGAUACUCGAAUUUGCAUGUGCAAUGGAGAAGCGGAAAUGCUUGAAACAAGCCGGGCGCAUAUUUAACAAUUGGCUUACUUUGAGGAAAAUGCCGCAUCCUAACAUUCGCAAUUUGGUUUAUUACUAUGGUAUGCGUUAUACUUCGGAUGAAGACAAUUGGAGGGUGAUGUUUGAAUACUUCAAAAAGGAGACCGAUCCUCUCGAGAAAAAUAAAAUUAUGAACGGAUUAGCAGGGAUAAAAAGUACUGAUACUUUAAAGAAAUAUAUCAAUUUAGCUAAGGAUGAGAGAAUUGUUCGCAAUCAAGAUUUCUUGAAUUGUUUGAUUGCGAUUUCCGAAAAUCCCGAUGGUACACUGCUAGUGUGGGACUGGGUGCGCAAUAAUUGGCAAUUCCUAGUAGAUAGAUAUUCAUUAAAUGAUCGAUAUCUCGGUCAACUUAUACCAGCUAUUACAAAGUCCUUCACUACAGAAACUAAAUUAGAUGAGAUGAAUGCUUUCUUUGAGAGAUAUCCUGACGCCGGUGCUGGUGCGGACAAUCGUAAAAAAGCUCUCGAGACUGUCGAGUGGAAUAUUAAGUGGAUUGAUAACAAUGCUUGUGAUAUCGACGAUUGGUUCAACAAUUGGUUUCAAAAGGAAGACAGAAGUUUCAACGAAUAAAUAUAAAAAAAACAAAAAAAUAUUUUAACACGCCAGAUAGCAUUU